CACUUAACUCCGCAUUAAAAAAUAUGAUCAAAAUAGAAUCCAUAAAGCCAUAAAGGUAUUGUCCUCCCAUGCAUAUUCAUGCCUAACCCUAACAACCUUUGCUUUUGCCUCACAUGAUCAUCCUACCACAAUUUAAUGCAUUCACUUCCUUCUUGUUUCUCAUUCAAACUGCCAAGAAACUUUACAAAUCACCCAUACAAAAUUCCCUUUAUAAAGGAUACUAAAUGAAGCUCUCUUCACUCUCACACCCCACAUUUGAGUGUCUCCCCAAUACCAUGUUGCCAUUUCAUAACAUUCUCUGGAAAUUCAUGCUUGUCCUAGCAUGGAUAGCCCCAGCUUGCCAUGGAGGUGGAGGUGGAGGAGGAGGAGGAAGAUACGUGCGUGAUGCUUGCAGUGUGACUAUACACCAGGACCUCUGCAUACACUCCCUCGCACCGUUUUCCAACAAGGCCAAAAACCACCCUGACAGAUGGGCACGGGUAGGGCUAUCUGUGACCAUACGUCAAGUCAAGGCCAUUGCGGGGUCACUUUCAAAAUUGAAAAGCCAGGGUUCCCUAAGAGGAAGAAGCCAGAUAGCGUUGGGGGACUGCGUCGAGUGCUUCGAGGAUGCCCUGGACAGCCUUCACAGGUCACUCGGGGUGCUGAGAAAGCUGAAUGCCAAGAAUUUCACCACACAAAUGGGAGAUGUUACAACAUGGAUGAGUGCUGCCCUCACCAAUGAGGAUACUUGCUUGGAUGGUUUUGGUAGGCCAAAGAGAAAGAAGGUUAGAUGGUUGGUAAACAAAGUCACAAAUGUGAGUUACUUGACUAGUAAUGCCCUGGCUUUGGUUAACAAACUAGCUACAACUGGCCCUCAAUGCCUACACCAUUGACUUGCAAGUUGCAACUGCACCACUCCUAAUUUUACUUUUCUCUAAUACUUAUUUUAGUUUUCUCUUUUGUUAACGAAUAAGGCUGUGCCAUUGUAUUUUAGCUUAGUACUUGGUUUAAUCCAUUGCUAAAAUUGAGGAAUUGAAAGAUUUGGUAGGCUACAAAUAAUCACCACCCACUAGUUAGGUAAAAGUAAAAUUAGUGAGAAACCAAAGAAAAGAAUAUAUACAAUAUAUUAUUCUAUUUAUAAUAAUAGCUUACAAUAGAUUGCAGUAAAGACCCUAUAUUUAUAGGAAUAUUGGGUUAAGUCAUUCCUAUAAACAAGGCUAAAAUUUCCCAGUAACAAUGGGUGAUUGG